AUGGCAAAGAAAAAGUCCAAAGCGUCCAGUUCAGCUCGUGGGUAUGCAACGACUUCAAUACCUUCUCGUGCUACGCCAGUCCCCAAAAAAGCCGAAAACAAUGAUGUCAAGAAAUCAUCCAAAGUGGAUGCUGCCAAAGAAACACCAGCUACAAUUGGUACGAACGACCCUGUCAACAGCGCUCUCCAUGAAACAAAUUCUUUUGAUGACCUUCUUACAGAGGAAUCUUCACCUUCAAUUGAUACGGAGUCAGAAAAGCUGAAAUCUGCAGCCUUGUCAACUUCCAAGUCUUUCUUGCACGCGUGGCAGACUGAACUUCGUCUUCGAAAGAGUACAAACAUAAUGAGUUUUUCGGAUGAUGAAAAUAAGCUUAUAUAUGAUUCAUUCCGUGAUAGCUGGAUUGACUCUCUCAAAAAGUCUGCUAAUCAGUCAAAUUCAAUGGCUUAUGCCUCCAAAAAACGCUUGCUAUGGUCUACGUUUUUGUCUUUACUAGAUAUGGGGUUCAGUGAAGAUCUGGUUUUUAAGGCUUUUUCCUCUCUUCCCGUUGUUUCAAUAGAAGAUUAUAUUGCUUGGAUUAUUACUGAACCUACAUCUUUAGAAAAUCCUCAUUCUUUUAACUACGAAAUACAACCUACCAAUUACUUGGUAUUUUGUAGACAUUUGGAUGAGCCCUUACCUGCGGCUCCUGUUCCCACUUCUAAUAACAAACGGCUAGCUCCGUUAAUGACGAAAAAAGAACCUAUAGAGCCUCCUUCAGUAAUUCCAAAGUCAGAGGCCAGUGCACAGGACGAAGAGAAUUCUAAAGAUGGCGAUGCAUAUUCCAUGGCCAGCUUACUUCAGCAAUUACCCGAAGAAGAGGACAUGCCUGGAAAUGAUCCCUAUGAUCUUACUAAUCAAUAUGUGAAAGCCAAGAUGAAGAUACUUCGACUUCAAAUUAUGGGACAAAAGGACUCGGAUGCGACGGAUAUGGUACGAGCUGAAUUGGAGGGCAUAACAAGUCAAUAUUUAUUCUCGUCAAAAGAUGCUGAUUCAGUCCUUAAGAGAAAGCGUGGGGAGUUUAUGUCAAAGCUGAAGGCUCUACAAGCAAAAGCUUCUAAUGAAAGAGCUGUUAAAGCACUUCAAAAUCAAAAGCCUGCUGAUCAACAAGACACUACUGAAGAUACCAAAUCUGAUUCUGACGGUCAACAACCGGGUUCCGACCAGGCUCAAAAUGAUUCUGAUCAUGAAGAUCAACAAAGUAGAGUAGGAGAAGAUACUGACCUUAUGGGUGGCUUAUUCAAUGAGCCUGAGGAGAGUAGUGUAGUUGUUGAUACUGAUCAGAGCAACUAUACUUACUUGCCUUUGUCCAUGGAUCGAUCUGGUACUCGACCUUCUACAAUUUUGCAAUAUGAACUGCACAAAUUAGGCAAUAACCUUCAUGCUGAGUAUAAGACAUACCCUAUAGGUCAGCUUGGUUGGCAAUCAACAUGCUUCGUAAAAUGCCCUACCGGACAAAAGACCUUUAUAGAUACUGAAACCGUUUUGCCAAGUCCUGUUUUGGCUUCAGAUUAUACAGCCACGCAUGUGCUGUUUAAACUUGUUUCUCCUUACACAAAACUUACUGUUACGAUGUUCCCUAAGAGCUUUAAAGAUUUGUUUGAGAAACUCUUGAGUGAGCAAUCAAGUGGCUUAAAGCAAGAAGAUAUGAGAAUAUCCGAAAAGUUGGAUGAUAUUUUAGAAUCUAAAGGAUCUGAAAGUACUGGUGUUCAGAAUAAAGCAAGCUCUAAAUCGGUUGACACUGCGCAAACCAAAAAGGCUGUACACAGACCACCAGAAAAAAUCGUUGAAGAGUGGCACCGUCAAUUGUGUAGCAGCAAUGCAGAGAAAUUCCGCGAUAUUCGCAGUCAGCUACCUGCUUCUCGUUAUAAAUCUGAAAUUUUGGAAGCUGUUAAUAACAAUCAAUUGCUUAUCAUUUCUGGUGAUACAGGCUGCGGUAAGAGUACCCAAAUUCCUGCAUUUUUGUUGGAAGAUGCUUUGUCACAAGGUGAAUCCGCCAAAAUAUAUGUUACUGAGCCAAGACGUAUUAGUGCUGUUUCACUUGCACAACGUGUUUCUCAAGAGCUGGGAGCGCAUCCACCUUCUAACCGGUCUCAUGAAAUGGUGGGUUAUUCCGUUCGGCUUGACUCAAAAAGUACUAUGCACACCCCGUUGGUUUAUGUGACAACAGGUGUCUUUCUUCGUUUACUCGAAGUUGGUGAUGAGAUUGAGUCUGUGACUCAUUUAAUUAUUGAUGAAGUACACGAACGCAGUAUUGACUCUGAUCUUCUUUUGAUUCAUGUCUUGCGUUUGCUAAACGAUUAUCCAAAACUGAAGGUUAUUGUUAUGAGUGCUACCUUGAAUGCUGAAAAAUUCCAGGAUUACUUUGGUGGCAGCAGUUUGAUUAGUAUCCCAGGUAAAACAUAUCCUGUACAAAGAUGCUUUUUGGAAGAUAUUAUGCAACAGUUCCAAGGUGAUAUAUCUUUUGGUGAAAAUAAUACAGACGUAGCUGAUGAAAAUGAUGAAUAUGAAGAAGACGAAGAAGGAGAGGACAAAGAUCCUGCGAAAUCUGAUGCUGUCGUUCAAAACCCGAUUCCCAAAUCGUAUAACGAAAAGGUCAUCAACUAUAAUUUGAUAUUAUUUUUAUUGAAGUACGUUUUCACUGAGGGCGAUCCCAAAUACAGUCAAUGUGUGUUAGUAUUUUUCCCGGGUAUCUCAGAAAUCUUGCGGAUGAAAUCGCUUAUUGACGACGUACCCAUGUUCCAAAAACAUAGAGAUUUUCGCGUCUAUAUAUUACACUCUUCGUUAUCCUCUGCGCAACAACAGUCCGUCUUUGAAAUUCCACCUCGUGGAUGCCGUAAGAUCGUAUUGUCUACAAAUAUUGCUGAGACGGGUGUUACUAUUCCUGAUGUUACAUGUGUUAUAGACACGGGUGUUCAUAGAGAAAUGCGUUACAACAGCAAGAGGCAUCUGUCUCGUUUAACUGAUACCUUUGUUUCGCGUGCAAAUGCUAAGCAACGUAGUGGACGUGCUGGUCGUGUCCAGGAAGGUAUCUGUUAUCAUUUAUUUUCAAAGUAUAAACACGAUACACAAUUUUUAUCAUAUCAAACACCCGAGAUGCUACGACUCAAUUUGCAAGAGGUGGUUUUGAGAGUGAAGGUUUGCCAGAUGGGAGAAGUUCAAAAUGUCUUAGGAAAUGCAUUGGAUGCUCCAUCUUCUACUAAUGUUGGUCGGGCUUUAGAGAAACUUCAACAACUUGGGGCCAUUGGAGAAUUUGAAAAGCUCACCAAAUUGGGCAAAUAUCUCGCUCAAUUGCCGCUUGAUGCUACCCUUGGUAAAUUGCUUGUCUUGGGAUGUUACUACAAAUCUGUCGAUGCAAUUGUGUCAAUCGUCGCUAUGAUUACUAUUGGCUCCCCUUUCCGCAAGCCUGUUGGGCUUGAGUUUGCUGCUAACAAGGCUCGUUUAUCAUUUGCCAAAGAAAACACUAGAAGUGAUUUACUUGUAAUGUAUUAUGCGUACUGUGCUUGGAGAGAUGUUUGUCUUAAUAAACUUGGUCCUACUGAAAGUGAGUUUACUAGAGAAAAAUAUUUGAACGUUGAAGCUUUAAGCAUGGCUGAGUCAUUAAAGAUACAAUUAUUGAACGAAUUGAAAGACAUGAGGUUGAUUUCCGCAACAUCUAUUGAUACGUGUAAAGCUGUUAAACGAUCGAUUUGUCGUCGUUUUGCGAUUGUUCCUGAAAGCUCAAACUUGUUCUCGGAUAACGCUGAAAUGGUUUCUUCUAUUAUUGGUGCUUCCUUAUAUCCGAACAUACUCAAGUAUGAUUUUGAAAAGAGAUACUGGACUUCAUUACACACGAAUAAGCGUAUCCGGAUCUUGGAUGUUUCGGUAAACAAUAAAUCCGAGCUGUACCAGAUGCCUUCCAAGAUUGUUGCGUAUACAAAUAUGAUGUCUUCAACGAGAGCAAGUGAGUAUGUAGCUGAAACUACAAUGGUCACGAUUCGCAUGCUACUUUCUAUGUGCGGCUUACGUAUAGAUUUGCGAGAAUCCAUAGGUCAAGCGAAGCUUGACCGCUUCACUGUUUACCUGGAUAAUGUUUAUACCUCUUCAGCUCUUCAUAUGCUACGAAGCUUUAUAGAAUCGUCUUUUGCUACGUUUCUUUCUCACCCUGAAGUGUACCUUUCAGAUGAACAAUUGGCUGUGAUUGCCAGUCUUGUUUCGCGUCUAAGCUUUAAUCGGGUACAAAAACAAAAGUUCACGGCAUGA